UGCGACAGGCCGCUGGGAGCCGGCUGCCGUCGCUGGCUCGGUUUCCGGCGGGGGCCCGGGGCCCCUGGCUGCCACCGCCGGCCCCUCUCGCUUCUCGCUGCGACCCCCCGAUUCCUGACCUCGGUGGCGCCUCCUCUGUGGCGAGAGAGCGGGGGCCGGCCCGGCUCUGGCCUGACCUGCGAGGUGACCUUGGUCGAGUCCCCUGUCGCGCGGAGCCCGUCUGUGGCGCGGGCCUGCCAGGGACCCGGUUCUCCAGCGGUUGAGGACACAAACCUAGAGCGGCCCCACAGGCUGCCCCGUGGCAGGGGAAGCGCCGGGCUGCCUGGGGGGAGCGGGGGAGCCCGGUGUGGGCGGGGGAGAUGCCCCUGCGUGUGAAAUGGCCGUUCCCCGCCGUGCCGCCGUUCACCUGGACUCUGGCCAGCAGCGUCGUCAUGGGCCUCGUGGGCACCUACAGCUGCUUCUGGACCAAGUACAUGAACCACCUCACCGUCCACAACAAGGAGGUGCUGUACGAACUCAUCGAGAACCGAGGCCCAGCCACGCCCCUCAUCACUGUCUCCAAUCACCAGUCCUGCAUGGAUGACCCUCAUCUCUGGGGGAUCCUGAAACUCCGCCACAUCUGGAACCUGAAGUUGAUGCGUUGGACCCCUGCGGCUGCAGACAUCUGCUUCACCAAAGAGCUGCACUCCCGCUUUUUCAGCUUGGGCAAGUGUGUGCCUGUGUGCCGAGGAGAUGGCGUCUACCAGAAGGGAAUGGACUUCAUUUUGGAAAAGCUCAACCACGGGGACUGGGUGCACAUCUUUCCAGAAGGGAAAGUGAACAUGAGCUCUGAAUUCCUACGCUUUAAGUGGGGAAUCGGACGCCUCAUUGCCGAGUGUCAUCUCAACCCCGUCAUCCUGCCAUUGUGGCAUGUCGGAAUGAAUGAUGUCCUUCCUAACAGCCCGCCUUACUUCCCCCGCUUUGGACAGAAAAUCACCGUGCUGAUCGGGAAGCCCUUCAGUGCUCUGCCUGUGCUCGAACGGCUCCAGGCGGAGAACAAGUCAGCUGUGGAGAUGCGCAAAGCUCUGACUGACUUCAUUCAGGAAGAAUUCCAGUGCCUGAAGAUCCAGGCGGAGCAGCUCCACGACCACCUGCAGCCCAGGAGAUAGGCAUCACCCCACUCAGAUCCUGCCCUCGCUUCCUCUUCCUCUUGGAAGGCGGCGGCUGGCCCCCAGGCCCGGGAAAGAGGCAGCUCCAACCCAAGCCCCAGGCACCUGCUCUCAGUGUUGCCCUUGGGUUCUUGCCCGGCACAGCUGACCUGAAGGAUGGACUGAUGUUUUGAGGUCACAUACAGUGUUUUAGACAGACUUGUGCAUAACCCCUGAUGGGUACCCUGCCCUAGUUGGUGAGCGUUCCCUCCGCUCUGAGCUUCUUCAGUUGAAGGAAGGGUUUCAGCUGCUCCUCCCACUUGGCCACGAAAGGAAGAAGAAAUUUUGGCAGGGGCCUCCUUCUUUCUUGCCUUCAGGUGUUCUCUUCCAGGGCUGGCAUCAGGACGGAGGGUACUUGAAGGGGGGCAGGUGGCCAGGCCAGAACUUUGGGUAGGGGUCUGUGAGGCCCUUGGCCUGGCAUUCACCCAUCUGCUCUGACCUGGGAGCUGCUCACCACCUCCUCAGGGAUGGCCAUCAGCCACCUCUUCCUUCUGCCCACACUUCCCACAGGCCUGGGGUCCUCAGGCAGGGCGCAACCCUGGGCUGCAAGCAGAAGAGCAGCCUUUUGCCAGAAGUGGAGCCCAGCUGAACGGAGCCUGCAGCAAGGGCCUGAGACCCUGUCACUUGCCCACGGGCCGGGGCUCACCAAGUGCUCUGUCUUUUCCACCUCCCUGGCAUCACUUGAGUCCCAUGGGGCCUGGGUUUUCAUGUUUUGUAACCAAUAAAGCAUCUGUGUUGUGUUUUA